UCGUAUCAUUAUCGCCGUAGCAUUAGACAAGUAUCUAUCCUAAGUUGUAUAUGGUCAUAGCAGGACAUUCCAGGGAAUCCAGGGAUCUGACGUGGACUGGGGGGGUCUUCGUUCUUUUUAAACUCCUGCUCUGUCUUUAGUCACAUAUGCUGAACAAGUCUCUCAUCGUCCACUCUGCGGCUGUCUUACAGUUUACCUCCCAUGCUCACCCGGCAGGAGAGUCUUCAGUCUCCAAAACGUAUAAUCUUCUACUGAGCCAAUCUGUCCAUUAAGAAGCGGCCUCCACAUUUCACACGAUAUCGCCAAUUAAAUUUUGACGGACUGCGCUGGAAACGAGAAACGGAUUUUUCAAUUCAUCACCGGCAGAAGUGCUAGUUUGACAAGCCAGAUCGUAACAAGUACACCCGAAAGACCUACUAUCAGUCACUAUUUCCCCCCCCAAGAGGCUACUUCCAAGUUUUGAAUUUUUUCACUGCAAGCGUGUGCCUGGCACUGACCUGCGAGAAACUUUUUUUGCGCUCCCCCGCGUGUGGUAAAUUUCACACACAGGACUCAUUGAUUGCGGUAUAAAAAGGGGCACGGAAACUAAGAACAUGAUGAGCAAUAAUACGUACUACGACCAGCAGCAGCCGCCUCAGUACUACCAGGGCUCCGAUAACGGGGAAGAACAGGACGAGGAGAUGCCGGCCACAGAAAAGGAUCUAGCGGAAGAUGCUCCUUGGAAGAAGAUCCAACAGAACACCUUCACCAGGUGGUGUAACGAACACCUGAAAUGCAUGAACAAGAGAAUCAACGACCUACAGAAAGACCUCAGCGACGGGCUCAAACUAAUCGGUUUGCUGGAGGUUUUGAGCCAAAAGAAAAUGUACAGAAAGUAUCACGCGAGACCCAACUUCAGACAGAUGAAACUGGAAAAUGUAUCGGUCGCGCUGGAAUUCCUGGAGAGAGAACACAUUAAACUGGUGUCGAUAGACAGCAAGGCCAUCGUGGACGGGAACCUGAAGCUGAUCCUGGGCCUGAUCUGGACGCUGAUCCUGCACUACUCCAUCUCCAUGCCGAUGUGGGAGGACGAGGACGACGAGGACGCCAAGAAGCUGACGCCCAAGCAGCGGCUGCUGGGCUGGAUCCAGAACAAGGUGCCGCAGCUGCCAAUCAACAACUUCCACCGGGACUGGAGGGACGGCAAGGCCCUGGGGGCCCUGGUGGACAACUGCGCCCCCGGUCUGUGCCCCGACUGGGAGACCUGGGACCCCAACCAGCCCGUGGAGAACGCCAGGGAGGCCAUGCAGCAGGCUGACGAUUGGCUGGGCGUGCCACAGGUUAUCGCGCCCGAAGAGAUCGUGGAUCCCAAUGUGGACGAGCACUCGGUCAUGACCUACCUGUCCCAGUUCCCCAAGGCCAAGCUCAAACCCGGAGCGCCACUGCGGGCCAAAACACUGCACCCUAAACGGGCCAGGGCCUACGGGCCAGGUAUCGAACCCCGUGGAAACAUUGUCCUGAAGCUGGCCGAGUUCACCGUGGAAACGGUGGAGGCUGGGCUUGGUGAGGUCAUUGUGUACGCGGAGGACCCGGAGGGACACACGGAGGAGGCCAGAGUCGUUGCCAACAAUGACAAGAAGCGAACCUACACUGUGACCUACAUGCCCAAGGUGGAAGGCCUUCACAAGGUGACUGUGCUCUUUGCAGGGCAGGAUAUAGACAGGAGCCCCUUCAUGGUCAACGUCUCCAAGGCGAUGGGAGACCCCAACAAGGUGUCGGCCCGCGGGCCGGGCCUGGAGCCCGUGGGCAACGUGGCCACCAAGCCCACGUACUUCGACAUCUACACCGCAGGCGCCGGGGCGGGAGACGUGGGCGUGGUCAUCGUCGACUCCCAGGGCCGGCGGGACACGGUGGAGAUCCUUCUGGAAAACAAGGGGGACAGCAUUUUUCGCUGCACCUACCGGCCCAUGCUGGAGGGGCCCCACACCGUCUACAUCACGUUCGCCGGCCAGCAGAUCCCCCGGAGCCCCUACACCGUCAACAUCUCUGAGGCCAGCAACCCCAAUGCCUGCAGGGCUACGGGGCGCGGCCUGCAGCCCAAGGGCAUCCGGGUGAAGGAGGUGGCCGACUUCAAGGUCUUCACCCGAGGAGCCGGGACCGGGGAGCUCAAGGUCACGGUGAAGGGCCCAAGAGGAGGGGAGGAGCCUGUGACGGUGCGUGACGUCGGCGACGGCGUACACGAGUGCGAUUACUACCCCGUCGUACCCGGGAAGUACACCAUCGUCAUCACCUGGGCAGGACACACCAUUCCACGCAGCCCCUUUGAGGUGGAGGUGAGCGAGGAGGCGGGGCUUCAGAAGGUCCGGGCCUGGGGUCCGGGCUUGGAGACGGGGAUGGUGGGAAAGUCGGCCGACUUCGUUGUGGAGGCCAUCGGCACAGAGGUGGGGACUCUGGGCUUCUCCAUCGAGGGCCCGUCCCAGGCCAAGAUCGAGUGCGACGACAAGGGCGACGGCUCCUGCGACGUGCGCUACUGGCCCACGGAGCCGGGCGACUACGCCGUGCACGUCAUCUGCGACGACGAGGACAUCAAGGACAGCCCCUACAUGGCCCACAUCCUCCCAGCGGCCAACGACGUCUUCCCCGAGAGGGUCAAGGCCUACGGUCCAGGUCUGCAGCCCACCGGCUGUAUUGUGAACAAACGGGCCGAGUUCACCAUCGAUGCUCGCGGAGCUGGGAGAGGCCAGCUGAGGAUUUACGCCCAGGAUGCCGAGGGCUUCCCCAUCGACAUCCAGAUCACGGACAAGGGCGACGGCACCUUCAUCUGCGUCUACAUCCCCACCAAGCCCAUCAAACACACCAUCAUCAUCACCUGGGGUGAAGUCAACAUUCCCAACAGCCCCUUCAGGGUGAGCAUUGGGGAGGGCAGCCACCCGGAGAACGUCAGGGUGUACGGCCCUGGGGUGGAGAAGAGCGGGCUGAAGGCCAACGAGCCCACCUACUUCACCGUGGACUGCAGCGAGGCGGGGCAGGGUGAUGUCAGCAUCGGGAUCAAAUGCGCCCCCGGCGUGGUGGGCCCGGCCGAGGCCGACAUCGACUUCGACAUCAUCAAGAACGACAACGACACCUUCACCGUGAAGUACACGCCCCCCGGGCCCGGGCGCUACACCAUCAUGGUCCUGUUCGCUGACCAGGAAAUACCCAUCAGCCCCUUCAGGAUCAAGGUGGACCCCUCCCACGACGCGGCCAAGGUGCGGGCGGAGGGUCCCGGGCUCAACAAGACGGGUGUGGAGGUUGGCAAGCCCACCCACUUCACCAUCUACACCAAGGGAGCGGGCAAGGCCAAGCCGGACGUGCAGUUCGCCGCCGCGCUGAAGGGCGAGGCCGUCCGAGACUUCGAGAUCAUCGACAACCACGACUACUCGUACACCGUCCGAUACACGGCGGUGCAGCAGGGAAACAUGACAAUCUCGGUCUCACAUGGGGGCGAUCCCAUUCCCAAGAGCCCCUUCAAUAUCACCGUAGCCCCCGCCAUGGAUCUCAACAAGGUCAAAGUUCAAGGGCUGAACAACAAGGUCGAUGUGGGAAAGGAUCAGGAGUUCUCAAUCAACACGCGGGGCGCCGGAGGACAGGGUCACGUGGACGUGAAGAUCACCUCGCCCUCGCGCCGGCCAAUCCCGUGCAAGCUGGAGUCGAGCGCGGCCAAUGACUUUCACACGGUGAAGUACAUCCCGCCCGAGGAGGGGCCCUACAAGGUGGACAUUGGCUACGACGGGAACCCCAUUCCUGGGAGCCCCUUCACCGUGGAGGGGGUCAUGCCUCCCGACCCCUCAAAGGUGCGCGCGUACGGCCCAGGCCUGAAGGGAGGAUUUGUGGGUAAACCGGCGCCCUUCGCCAUCGACACCAAGGGGGCGGGCACGGGGGGGCUGGGCCUGACGGUCGAGGGUCCCUGCGAGGCCAAGAUCGAGUGCCAGGACAACGGCGACGGCUCGUGCUCCGUGUCCUACCUGCCGACGGAGCCCGGCGAGUACGCCAUCAACAUCCUGUUCGCCGAGGCGCACAUCCCCGGCUCGCCCUUCAAGGCCGUCAUCCAGCCGGUCUUCGACCCCAGCAAGGUCACGGCGAGCGGCCCGGGCCUGGAGCGCGGCAAGGUGGACGAGGCCGGCUCCUUCACCGUGGACUGCUCCAAGGCCGGCGAGGCCGAGCUCACCAUCGAGAUCAUCUCGGACACGGGGGCCAAGGCCGAGGUGCACAUCCAGAACAACGCCGACGGCACCUACUCCAUCACCUACAUCCCGCCCUUCCACGGCACCUACACCAUCACCAUCAAGUACGGGGGGCACGCCGUGCCCAAGUUCCCCGCCCGCCUGCAGGUGGACCCCGCCAUCGACACCAGCGGGAUCAAGGUCUACGGACCCGGGGUUGAGCCCAGAGGCGUCCUGCGCGAAGUCGCCACGCACUUCGUGGUCGACGCUCGCGUCCAGAACAAGACCGGCGGCGGCCACGUGAAGGCCCGGAUCGUCAACCCCUCGGGCAGCAACACGGACGCCUACAUCACCGAAAAGGGCGACGGGACUUACCAAGUGGAGUACACUACAUACGAGGACGGCAUACACCUGAUCGAGGUCCUGUACGAUGACGUCGCUGUUCCCAAGAGUCCCUUCAGGGUCAUGGUCACGGAGGGCUGUGACCCCACCCGUGUGCGCGCGUACGGGCCCGGCCUCGAGGAGGGCCUGGUCAACAAGCCCAACCGCUUCACCGUGGAGACCAGGGGUGCUGGCACCGGAGGUCUGGGUCUGGCCAUUGAGGGUCCAUCGGAGGCCAAGAUGUCCUGCAAAGACAACAAGGACGGCAGCUGCAGCGUGGAGUACAUCCCCUUCACCCCCGGGGACUACGACGUCAACAUCACCUUCGGAGGACUGGCCAUCCCAGGCAGUCCGUUUCGCGUGCCGGUGCGGGAGCUGGUGGACCCGAGCAAGGUGAAGUGCUCGGGCCCGGGGCUGGGGAGCGGGGUGCGAGCCCACGUCCCGCAGACCUUCACCGUGGACUGCAGCAAGGCGGGCCUGGCCCCUCUGGAGGUGCAGCUGCUGGGACCCACGGGAGCGGCCGAGCCUCUCAGCAUCAACGACAACGGCGACGGCACGCACACCGUGAACUACACCCCCGCCAAGGACGGCCCGUACACCGUGUCCGUCAAGUACGCCGACCAGGAGGUCCCGCGCAGUCCGUUUAAGGUGAAGGCGCUGCCCGCUCACGAUGCCAGCAAGGUGCGUGCCAGCGGGCCUGGUCUCAACGCCUCCGGGGUGCCCGCCAGCCUGCCCGUGGAGUUCACCAUCGACGCCCGCGACGCCGGGGAGGGGCUUCUGACAGUGCAGAUCCUGGAUCCGGAGGGGAAGCCGAAGAAGGCCAACAUCCGGGACAACCGAGACGGGACCUACACCGUGUCCUACGUGCCGGACAUGACGGGACGCUACACCAUCACCAUCAAGUACGGGGGCGACGAGAUCCCCUACUCCCCCUACCGAAUCCAUGCCCUGCCCACCGGGGACGCCAGCAAGUGCCUGGUCACAGUGUCUAUCGGAGGUCACGGAUUGGGUGCGGGUCUUGGCCCCACCAUUCAGAUCGGCGAAGAGACGGUCAUAACCGUGGACGCGAAGGCUGCUGGGAAGGGCAAGGUGACCUGCAAGGUGUCGACCCCCGACGGGGGGGAGCUGGACGUGGACGUGGUGGAGAAUUCCGACGGAACCUUCGACAUCUACUACACGGCCCCCAAGCCGGGAAAAUACGUCAUCACCAUCCGCUUCGGCGGAGAGCACAUCCCAAACAGCCCCUUCCACGUUGUGGCAUGUGACACCAUUCCUAUAGUCGAGGAACCAUGUGACAAGCUGCAGUUACAUCAGCCCUACGCUCCGUACCAGGGCUUCCCCCCUCACUGGGCCACGGAGGAGCCGGUCGUUCCCGUGGACACCAUGGAGCCCAUGCUCCGCCCCUUCAGCCUGGUCAUACCCUUCACGGUGCAGCAGGGCGAGAUCACAGGCGAGGUUCGCAUGCCUUCGGGAAAGACGGCCCGUCCUCACAUCACGGACAACAAGGACGGGACAGUAACCGUAAAAUACGCCCCCACAGAGAAGGGCUUGCACGAGAUGGACAUCAAGUAUGAAGGCAACCACAUUCCAGGGAGCCCGCUGCAGUUCUACGUCGACGCCAUCAACAGUCGUCACGUGACGGCGUACGGGGCCGGGCUGAGCCAUGGCAUGGUUAACAAGCCCGCUACCUUCACCAUCGUCACCAAGGAGGCAGGAGAAGGUGGUCUGUCUCUGGCUGUGGAAGGUCCAUCCAAGGCGGAGAUCACCUGCAAGGACAACAAAGACGGCACCUGCACCGUCUCGUACCUGCCCACCGCACCUGGCGACUACAACAUCAUCGUCAAGUUCGACGAUAAGCACAUCCCAGGCAGCCCUUUCACCGCCAAGAUCACAGGUGAUGACUCCAUGAGGACCUCGCAGCUCAACGUCGGCACGGCGACAGACGUCUCUCUGAAGAUCACAGAGACGGACCUGAGCUCGCUGGCAGCCAGCAUAAGAGCCCCGUCAGGCAACGAGGAGCCGUGUCUGCUUAAGAGACUGCCCAACCGGCACAUCGGGAUCUCCUUCACCCCCAAGGAGGUGGGCGAGCACGUGGUGAGCGUUAAAAAGCAGGGGAAGCACGUGACCAACAGCCCCUUCAAGAUCAUGGUGGGCCAGUCGGAGAUCGGGGACGCCAGCCGGGUCAAGGUGUACGGGAAGGGCCUGGUGGAGGCGCACACCUUCGAGGUGGCCGAGUUCAUCGUGGACACCAGGAGCGCAGGCUACGGAGGUCUAGGCCUGUCGAUCGAGGGUCCGAGCAAAGUGGACAUAAACUGUGAGGACAUGGAGGAUGGGACGUGCAAGGUCACGUACUGCCCCACUGAACCCGGCACCUACAUCAUCAACAUCAAGUUUGCCGACCAGCAUGUUGCAGGAAGUCCGUUCACGGUGAAGGUGACCGGAGAAGGAAGGAUGAAGGAGAGCAUCACCAGGAAGAGGCAGGCGCCCUCCAUCGCCACCGUGGGGAGCACCUGCGACCUCAACCUCAAAAUCCCAGGGAACUGGUUCCAGAUGGUGUCGGCCCAGGAGCGUCUGACGCGCACCUUCACGCGCAGCAGCCACACGUACACGCGCACGGAGCGCACGGAGAUCAGCAAGACGCGCGGCGGCGAGACCAAGCGGGAGGUGCGCGUGGAGGAGAGCACGCAGGUUGGCGGGGGCGGCGGCGGCGGCAGCGGUGGCGGGGGCCCCUUCCGAAACGUCUUCGGAGACUUCCUGGGCCGGGAGAGCAUGGGCACCUUCAGCACCUCAGUCCCGCCCAGACAAGAGGGUGAGACGGGCACACAGGAGAUGACGGCCCAGGUGACCAGCCCGGGGGGCAAGACGGAGGACGCCGAGAUCAUCGAGGGGGAGGACAGCACCUACAGCGUCCGCUUCGUGCCCCAGGAGAUGGGGCCCCACACCGUCAGCGUCAAGUACAGGGGCCAGCACGUGCCCGGGAGCCCCUUCCAGUUCACCGUGGGGCCCCUGGGAGAGGGCGGGGCCCACAAGGUCCGGGCCGGGGGCACCGGGCUGGACCGGGGAGUCGCCGGCGUUCCAGCGGAGUUCAGUAUCUGGACUCGCGAGGCGGGAGCAGGGGGUCUGUCUAUCGCCGUGGAGGGGCCCAGCAAGGCGGAGAUCUCCUUCGAGGACAGGAAGGACGGAUCCUGCGGGGUCACCUACGUUGUUCAGGAGCCUGGUGAUUACGAGGUGUCAAUCAAGUUCAACGACGAGCACAUCCCCGACAGCCCCUUCAUCGUCCCCAUCGCCACACUUUCGGACGACGCGCGACGGCUCACCGUCACCAGCCUCCAGGAAAAGGUUCUGAAGGUGCACCAGGAAGCGUCCUUCGCCGUGCAGCUGAACGGCGCUCGGGGCGUGAUCGACGCCAAGGUGCACACGCCCUCCGGCGCCGUGGAGGAGUGCUACGUCACCGAGCUGGACAGCGACAAACACGCGAUCCGCUUCAUCCCGCGGGAGAACGGCGUUCACUCCAUCGACGUCAAGUUCAACGGCUCCCACAUCCCCGGCAGCCCCUUCAAGAUCCGCGUGGGGGAGCCGGGGCAGGCGGGGGACCCGGGGAUGGUGACCGCGUUCGGGCCCGGCCUGGAGGGAGGCACCACAGGCGUGGCUUCGGAGUUCAUCGUGAACACCUGCAACGCGGGUCCAGGGGCGCUGUCCGUCACCAUCGACGGGCCGUCCAAGGUGAAGAUGGACUGCAUCGAGUGUCCCGAGGGGUACAAGGUGACGUACACGCCCAUGGCCCCUGGCAGCUAUCUCAUCACCAUUAAGUACGGGGGGCCCCAGCACAUCGUGGGCAGCCCCUUCAAAGCCAAAGUCACAGGAGCGCGGCUGUCCGGGGGGCACAGCCUGCACGAAACCUCGUCCGUUCUCGUGGAAACCGUCACCAAGACGUCGUCCACCAGGGGCGGGGCCUUCGCCUCCCUGCCCAAGUUCUCCUCAGACGCCAGUAAGGUGGUGUCCCGGGGCACCGGCCUCUCCAAAGCCUUUGUGGGACAGAAGAACACCUUCACAGUAGACUGCAGUAAAGCAGGGACAAACAUGCUGAUGGUGGGGGUCCACGGGCCCAAGACCCCGUGUGAGGAGGUGUACGUCAAGCACAUGGGCAACAGGAUGUACAACGUCACGUACACGGUGAAGGAGAAGGGCGACUACAUCCUCAUCGUCAAGUGGGGGGACGACAACGUGCCGGGCAGCCCUUACCACGUCACCGUACCCUAAAAUCACCCCCGCCACCCCCCCGUCUCUCCCCCUCCUUUACCACAGACUGCACACCCUAAUGGACCUAACACCUGGGGCGCACUAAGAAUUGCAGACAUUUAUUUUUUUGAUCUCUCUUGGAAAAAAGAAAAAAGACAAAAUAUUCUCUUCCAGUAUCCAGUGCCAAAUCUGCGUGUUAGCCUUAGAGCAUGCUCGUAGCGAGAAAGAACAGCAGAGUUCCGUGCCAAUCACUUUAAUUGCACCUCACAGUCCUUUUUGUAAGGUCAGCCCCCUCCCAACAUGGUUUUUUCUUUUGUGCUGGAAUUUAAAAAAAUAUAUUUUUUUGAUUAUAGACAACUGUACGAUGAGGAAGGAAGGAGGAUCCUUUUUUUAUGCAGGUAAAGUCUCGCCUGUUUUCGGUGUACGUGUGAAGGAACUAACUGAAUCAGCUGUGGCUUUUUUCACCUUGUUGCCUUUAGAAUGAAAAUUUGCAAAGUGCCUUUUUUAACUGUCAGAUUACACACACACACACACAUACAGGCAUGCUCCCACACACAGACACACACACACACACACAUGCUCUCUCACUCACGCACACCCACACACACAAACAUGGGGAAAACUAGUGAUCAACACCACUUCCAAAAGCUGUCAAGAGUCAAGAACGGACAAAAAUAAUUGGAAUUUAUUUAUUUAGUUUUUUAAUUACCUUUUCAGGACAGGACUUUUUCUUUAUUUUUAAUGGAAAAAGAAAAUCAGAAAGCUCAGUAAAACAAUCUCCAUGAUCAAAAUGCUGAACAUUGAGAUUUCCUGUGUGAUACUGUAACCCAGGGUUAAGUAACCUGAUUGGUCAGGAGACUUUUGUAAAAAGACAGCAGUGGUUUCUUAUGUGAAUGUUAAAACAGACUUUGAAAUUUAAAAGCAGUAUUGAGUGACAUUUUAUAGUGUUUUUGUAUGUAUUAAAAUGAAAAAAUGUACUUGUUUGAUAUAUUAACAUGCUGUUUGGUAAGAAUGUGCAGACAUAAUAAACUUUUAACUGCUAACUUGCCAUGAAAAAAAAAAUU